UAUGUUAAAGGAACGAUAUUUAUUUUAUGGUCCCUGACAUAAACUAAAUACGGUCUCGGAGCUCGUUUUUUCUCCCCGAGUUCCCAGUUGUUCGGAACGCUCGGACGUCGGAUAUAACCGCGUUCCCAGUGAUUUUAACAUGUGGAAUGAAUAUUGGGUCAUGUUCAUUAAAGCAAGCAACGGAAAAUAUUUAGCAACGGAAAACAAACAUUAACGUAUUUUUAUUGGAUGCUAGGUAGUUCCUCUCUUUUUCAGUUCGUUUCCUUCCGUUUGGUGCCUAAUAAACACGACCCUGAUUAAGAUUCAUUUGAAUAAUUGGAUAGGCUACCUUGCUAGGCUGAUCAAUAGGCUACACAGCCAAGAUUCUCAGUGCUGCCUUUGACAAGAAAUCAAACGCAAUUGACAAAAUGGACAAAACUGGUGUUUUGGGAUUAUCUUUGCUCUCCAAUAAACUCGCCGAGAUUUUCACAGAAGAUUCGGAAAAUGACAGAACGUUCUAUGGGUUUUCCGACUGUGAAAGUGAUCUAUGUGAUAACAAGAGUUCAGACCGUGAUAAUCCAGUGGAUCUCAAAGGCAGCCCCAUAAAACAGCCUGUACCCCAUCGCUUCACAUUACGGGUGGUACUGCACCCCCAUAAACUAGCCACACCAACUCCUCACUCCAGUGAAGAAGAAGAAGAGGAGAGGAAGAUGGAGGCUGAGAAGGGAACAGUCAGAUUUGAAGUUGAAGAGAAGCUGGUGACUGAAGCAGCACCGCCUGUUAAACAACAGUCAGGUUCUGAUUCUGAGGCUGAUCUAGCACAGUCUGGAUCUUUUCUGGCCAAGAGGGCCCAGAACGUCAAGGCUAACAAAGCUAUGUUGGCUCAGUUGAUAGCAGACCUGCAUAAGAUGCCAGGAGCUGCCCUGCUGAAGAGUCACAAAGAAGGCAAUCUUAAAAAGGAGAAAGGCUCUCGAGCCCCCCGCUCCAAGGGCGCAGUAGGGAAGUCCAGGACGAGCCCUAACAGAUCCUCCCAGAGACGGACCCGCUCCAUGGGGGGGGCUGAGAGCUUGGAGGCCCACCAGGAGGAGAGAGCGCUGGAGCUCAGUCUGGAGGAGGAACUAUUGGAGGUACGUGGUGAUCCGAGGCAGAGGCGUGCUCCGCGUCCCAAACAGGCCAAACCUCACAACAUAACACCUGUGGAGGAGAUCACUGAGGAUGUGCUACUGCUGGUGGCAGACCACACGACAGAGAAGGUGUACAACAGAGCCACAGGCUCAACGUGUCACCAGUGUCGCCAAAAGACUACCGACACCAAAACGUGUUGCCGUAGUGAGGAGUGUCGUGGUAUAGUGGGACAGUUCUGUGGCCCGUGUCUGAGGAACAGAUAUGGAGAGGACGUCAGGAAAGCCCUGCUCGACCCGGACUGGCGGUGUCCACCGUGUCGAGGCAUAUGUAACUGCAGUUUCUGCCGUGCCAGAGACGGACGCUGCCCAACUGGAAUCCUGUUCCCUCUGGCUCAGUUCCAAGGCUUCUCUGAUGUCCACUCUUACCUCAGCAGUCUUCACAGUAAACUGACAAAUGAGGACUGAGGAUCUGAAUGGGAGCCUCAAUGUCCUUAUCUGACCACCAGGGGGAGCAGUUGCAAAUCACUGGUCCGGGAAUACAGAAGUUUGGCACCUAAUCCAGAUGAGGUUUAUGUUCUAUAGCUCUAACAUGGUUUAUACUGCUGUUUUUGAUAUGAAUGUUGAUUUUAAUCAGAUUUUUUUCAAAUAAAUUAUUUGUCGUUCACUUUACUAAGGACGAGUCACAACACCAGUCAACUCAGAUGCUGAAGGGGCGGACACUACGUCAGAUUUAAAGAAUGCCAUUUAGCAGACACUUUAUCCAAAGCAAUUUAGUCACGUGUGCAUGGUUGGCCCCAGCGGGCAUCAAACCCACAAUCCUGGCGUUGCAAGUGCCAUGCUCGACCAACUCAGUCAAUAGGAUCAUAAAUCUAAACACAUCACACAUUUUGUAUUCAUAAUUUUUAAUCCAGAUGUUGGCAUUUGUAGUAAUAACAUUAAAAAAAAAACUCCCUUUUUAAAUGAAAUAAAAACAUUAAGGGCACUUGUCUGAAAACUAAAUUGCAAGGAUCGGAGUACAAAUCAAAUACUGAAACAAUGCAUCCAAAUACAUUUCCCACAACUUGUAGUUGAUCAAGCGGACAUCAAGUCAAUAGGGAGGGAAGUACUUAACCCCCUUCAAAUGUGUAUCUAAAAUGGCACCCUACUCCCUUUAGUGCACUACUAUUGACCAGGGUCCCAUAGUACUACAUAGGGAAUAGGGUGCCAUUUGAUGCACAUUUAAAACCCCGGCUAGUCAGUCUUCUGCAAUACAUCUGACUGACCACACUACUGAAACUGACUGGAUUAAAAUAGUGACGAGGUCAAUCUUAACGUUUGAUCGACCCUGGCUUUCUGUUUGAGACAAACUAAUGAUGCUGUUCUUACGUAAUAAAUCUUUCUUCCAAAACAUGCAGGCCAAUGUUGUUACAGAAGUAGGGUUGUAUAAAUGUGGUUUUCCAGAAAAGUGAUUGCGUAAACAGGAAUACCCAACAAGAUUUCAUUAACCUAAGAAUGUUACCGGUCUUUUGCAACCAUAAUACAGAAACCUAAGCUGUAUUACAACCAGAGCCAGGUUAUAUUGACUGUCUGGAACUGAUGACGAAACAUUCCAUUCCACAGUUCUCUUAAAACAGAAUAUGGAUUUUUUUUGGUUUUAGCUGAAAUUUUUUUUUUUGCAUUAUUUGGAAAUAAGAGGUAAAAAAAAAAAGAGGGUUAAAGUAGUCUAGGAAGAAUUUGAUAUCUAAAUGCAUCAGAGAAAGAACUUGAGUAUGAAGCAAAUGGACAAAUAUACCAGAGAAGUAAAUAAUAUGUACUGGGACUGGAUUGAAUACAUACAUAGUUCAUUCUAUAGACAGAACACUUUUUGAAAUAGUUUAAACAAAAUCUACAUUUAUAAAAGUCUUAGAAGUUUAAGAUUGAUUGUGUAUGAGAGACUCACAACAGAAAGGCAAUCUCUUGCAACCAUAUAUAAAGUUCAAGUUGAUCCUUCCUAUGCUAAGAAUUUCCGUAGCUUUACACGAAAGAGAAAAGAAAAAAAAACAUAUGUACAUACAAAAAGACUUAUCCCAAAUGUUCUCUUUUUUUUUUGUUGCUAUGAUAAACGUAUCAAAGCAUGAUGGCUUGAAUGUGUACCUAUAUAAUAAUCAUAUAAAAAGGCAAAAAACAAGGAGAUAUUUCAUGACGAUUUUAGAUUGGUGUCCCUGUUUAGUACACUACUUUUGACCAGGACCCCAUGUAGGUGAUUGUGUCCCUCCCUGCUGAUUAAUGCUCCUGGGUCUAGGCUGGAUUCAGGGACAUGAAACAUGCCAAACGCUGCCGAUUCCCUUUUUCUACACCAUCUGAACGUUGUGUAACGUUACAUCCUCCUGAACAGGCCCCAGAAGUCACUAGUGACCAAAUAACGGUGAGCCCCUCCCCCAUCCACACUGGCCUCCAAUGAGAAAGAACCAACGGUGAUACCGGGCUAGACAAGAGGUGUGAGAGACCAGGCGAAGGCCCAACCCACUCAACCAGCUAGUACAGUGGAGUACUGAAGUUAUCCCUGGUGUAUACUGUACUAUACCCAGACAGAGGGGGGUUGGACAAGAGACCUGAGAAGGGGGGUGGCUCCUAGCCAUGGGGAGGGGACUCUUGAGUAGCAGUAGUGCGUUUCUGCGUUAUGUACAAAUAGAGAUUGGAAGUGAUGGAUUUGUAUUGUGUUCCAGAGAAGGUGCCUUUGUGAAUGUGUUACUAAGACAACCACUGUAGUAGUACCAUUCAUGCCCUUCCAUUAUCGAUCAGAUUUAGGUAACUAACAUCUAGACUGCUCUCCACCCGACUCACAGCCAAUGAAAUGGGUAAGGUCAUGGAAAUACGCCAUAGCAGUGUAUCUGAAGGGACUCCCUGGAUCCUGUC